GGGGUUGCAACUGGUUGACGCCUUUGCUUUGACACACAGGUUCCCGGAGCAUGGGACGUUGCCAACCGCUUGUUUUUUCUGGUAGACAUGGCUCGAGCCAAGCGUCUGGCCCAGACGCCAUGGCUUCAAAGGAGGCCGAGCUCUGGGAGCAGCAGCGGUGCUGGAUUCAAGAGACCCUGGACCGGAAGUUUCGAGAGCAGGAGAAGGUCUUCCUUGAGCUCGUGAACAAGUUGGUCCAGGAGGAGGACAUUGAGGAGGUGCACAGCGCAUCCUUCACCACCUUGGCUGAGUGGCAGGUGCAAAAGCCCCCGUCGAUUCAGCCAAAAGAUGCGGCCCCGAAGAAGCCCUUGCCGCGCGGCGCCACCGGCCUUGCCAAGUCGCUCAUGAGCGAGAUAUCGCAUCCUGAGCCCCCAGUCAUUGCCUUCGUCAAGGGGCCCUUGGACGUCUACAUGGGCAUCGUCGUUUGCAUCCACCUGGCCUUCAUGAUUGCCAUGGCACAGCUGACAGGGGACACCUUGGACAAUGACCUGGGCAUCACGAGUGAGGCUCCCACCUGGUCCCCCGAGAUUUUCGACAUCGUUGAAGUCGUCUUCUUCUGUAUCUAUGUGGUUGACGUGCUGGUCCGGGUGGUGAUCUUGAGAACCGAGUGGGCCUAUGACCAUUUCGAAGGCCUGAUGUUCAUGAACCUCUUCGAUGCGAUCUUGGUCCUCGUCAGUGCCGCUGAGCUCUUCAUCCUCCCCGUGCUCUCCGACGGCAGAGAGGGCACGAGCAGAAGCAUCAGAGUCAUCAAGCUGAUCCGCAUCACACGAACCCUGCGGGUGGUGAAGACAGUGGGUAUCUUCCGGCAGCUUCGUGUCUUGGUUCGGAGCUGCGUGGCCUCCGUUGGGGCCUUGGGCUGGUCCAUGGUGCUGCUGCUGCUGCUGAAGCUGGGCUUUGCGCUGGCCAUCUGCCAGGCGCUCCAAGGCUACAUCGCCGACCAGAGUGCUGACCUGGAAACUAGACUGGAGAUGAACCGUUUCUAUGGCAGCUUCGUCAAGGCCUUGUACACGAUGUUCGAGGUGACACACAGCGGCAGCUGGCCUUUGCGCGUGCGGCCUGUGGUGGAGAAGGUGAGUCCGUGGUAUGCACUCCUCUUCUUGAGCUAUAUCACUCUGGUGGUGUUCGCAGUGAUUCGUAUCGUGACCGCGCUGUUCCUGAAAGAGACCUUGGCAAGCGCCGCCAACGACGCGGACAUUGCUAUAGAGGGCCAGGGCCGGGAGGCGAAGAGCUUCCAGCGGAAGCUGGAGGAGCUCUUCCGGGCUGCAGAUGAAGAUGGAAACGGGGCCUUGUCCGCGGACGAGUUCCUCGAGGCCAUGAACCUCCCCAGCGUGCAGCAGUACCUGAACUACUUGGACAUCCGCGUCCAGGACAUUGGGCCAUUGUUUGACAUCUUGGAUGAUGGUGAUGGGCUGAUCACCAUUGCGGAGUUCAGCAAGGGCCUCAUGCAGAUCAAGGGACAGGCCCGGGCCCUGGACAUGGUGGUCCUCCACCACGAGAAUGCCAAGCUCCUCAAGGAAGUUCAGGCCGUUCGUCGCGAAGUGAGCGGCCGGAAGCCGCAAGCUCGGUUCACUUGCAUCCAGACCACAAUUUGAGUUGGUCCAUGGCUGACCUCAGCGCAUGGCAUUGCUCGGAUUUCCGGUCCGGAAGACAAUGAGAUGCUCCGGCU